AGGUGGGAGGAGGCGGUGUUUCCGGCCGCGGUCGCUGUCCAGGGAGGCUGAGGCAAGAGGGAGCUGUCCGGGUGGGGAGCCAACACUACCUUCUUUCUCUUCCUUCUCCUCCACGUGAGGGGAGAGAAGGUUGGGGGCCCCCGAGCCCAUGGACCGGGAGGAAGCGGAGGCCGCCGAGAGCCGGCGCCCCGCUAUGUGGCCCUGAGCCCCGUGUUCUGGUUCUGCCUGAAGGAAGGCCAUGGAGAAGAGACUAGGAGUCAAGCCAACUCCUGCUUCCUGGAUUUUAACAGGAUAUUGUUGGCAGACAUCAGUGAAGCCGUUGAGAAGCCUGUACCUGCUUUACACUUGCUUUUGCUUCAGUGUUCUGUGGUUGUCAACAGAUGCCAAUGAGAGCAGAUGCCAGCAGGGGAAGAUACAGCAUGGAGCUGGCCUGAGAGCUGGGGGAGAAAGUCACCUUCAUUUUCUUAAGGGAACCCCCUCUCUCCAGUUGUGUUGGGAUACCUGCUGCCAGGACUCUGCCUGCCAUGCCCUUUGGUGGCUAGAAGGGAUGUGCUUUCUGGCAGACUGUAGCAAGCCCCAGAGCUGCCAACCUUUUAGGACAGACUCUUCCAAAUCCAUGUUGAUAUUUUUUAAAAAAUUUCAAACUACAAAUGAUUUGGGCUUUCUAUCUGGAGAUGAUGUACUAUAUCUUCUGGGGCUAAGCUGGAGCAGGACAUCUUGGAGGAGGCAGAGCCCACCCAGGGCUCCAUUCACACCCGCUGUAUCCUCCAGUGACCAGCAGAGCUUAAUCAGAGAACGUCAGAAGAGAGACAGUCUCAGUGAAGAUGUGACUCCAUCUGUAGUGACACAGCCUUCUAAAGUGAACCACUCCCAGGAAGUAGGUGCUGUGAAUAGCAGUGCCCCUGCAGAGGUCCACAAAGCAGUUACAGUUUCCAGCCCCAUAGCCACUGAUCUUGCUGCAGAGAUUCCUAGUUCGCCAGAGAAUGUGUCAGCCCAUCCUGAAACAUCAAAGGAUCCCAUUCCUACGUCAAGCACUCAGCAAAUAAAAAGCACUGAGAACCAAACUGAUAACUCUCUUCCAGUGGCUCCCUCCUACAGAUCUGCCACCCCCACACCCCAGGCCUCUUUCCAGAGCACCUCAGCACCACCCCCAGUUGUAAAGGAACUGGUGGUGUCUGCCGGAAAGAGUGUUCAGAUCACCCUGCCUAAGAAUGAAGUCCAGCUAUACGCAUAUGUUCUCCCAGAACCAGAAGAAGGAGAAACCUACACCUACGCCUGGCAGCUGAUUACUCAUCCCAGAGACUACAGUGGAGAAAUGGAAAGGAAACAUUCCCAGAUCCUGAAACUCUCCAAGCUGACUCCAGGCCUGUAUGAAUUCAAGGUGAUUGUAGAUGGUCAGAACGCCCAUGGAGAAGGCUAUGUGAAUGUGACAGUGAAGCCUGAGCCCCGUAAGAAUCGGCCUCCCAUUGCUAUUGUGUCACCCCAGUUCCAGGUGAUCUCACUGCCAACCACCUCCACCAUCAUUGAUGGAAGCCAAAGCACUGAUGAUGAUAAAAUUGUCCAGUACCACUGGGAGGAGCUCAAGGGGCCGCUGAGGGAAGAGAAGAUUUCUGAAGAUACAGCCAUAUUAAAACUAAGUAAGCUCGUCCCUGGAAACUACACCUUCAGCUUGACUGUUGUGGACUCCGAUGGAGCUACCAAUUCUACCACUGCAAGCUUGACAGUGAACAAAGCUGUGGAUUACCCCCCUGUGGCCAACGCAGGCCCCAACCAAGUGAUCACCCUACCUCAGAACUCCAUCACCCUCUUCGGGAACCAGAGUACUGACGAUCAUGGCAUCACCAGCUAUGAGUGGUCACUCAGCCCAAGCAGCAAAGGGAAGGUGGUGGAGAUGCAGGGUGUCAGAACACCAACGCUGCAGCUUUCUGCAAUGCAAGAAGGAGACUAUACCUACCAGCUCACAGUGACUGACACAAUAGGACAGCAGGCCACUGCUCAAGUGACUGUGAUUGUACAGCCUGAGAACAACAAGCCCCCUCAGGCAGAUGCAGGCCCGGACAAAGAGCUGACCCUGCCUGUGGACAGUACAACCCUGGAUGGCAGCAAGAGCACAGAUGACCAGAGAAUCACCUCCUAUCUUUGGGAGAAGACCCAGGGGCCCGACGGGGUACAGCUGGAGAAUGCUAACGGCAGUGUUGCUACUGUGACCGGGCUGCAGGUGGGGACCUAUGUGUUCACCUUGACUGUCAAAGAUGAGAGGAACCUGCAAAGCCAGAGCUCUGUGAAUGUCAUCGUCAAAGCAGAGAUAAACAAACCACCAAUAGCCAAGAUAACCGGGAAUGUGGCAAUUACCUUACCCACGAACACAGCAGAGCUGGAUGGCUCCAAGUCCUGGGACGACAAGGGGAUAGUCAGCUACCUGUGGACUCGUGAUGAGGCCAGCCCAGCUGCAGGGGAGGUGCUGAAUCACUCUGACCAUCACCCUGUCCUCUUCCUUUCCAACCUGGUUGAGGGAACCUACACAUUUCAUCUGAAAGUGACGGAUGCAAAGGGUGAGAGUGACACAGAUCGGACCACCGUGGAGGUGAAACCUGAUCCCAGGAAAAACAACCUGGUGGAGAUCAUCUUGGAUGUCAACGUCAGUCAGCUAACUGAGAGGCUGAAGGGGAUGUUCAUCCGCCAGAUUGGGGUCCUUCUGGGGGUGCUGGAUUCUGACAUCAUUGUGCAAAAGAUUCAGCCAUACACGGAGCAGAGCACCAAGAUGGUAUUCUUUGUUCAGAAUGAGCCUCCCCACCAGCUCUUCAAAGGCCAUGAGGUGGCAGCGAUGCUCAGGAGUGAGCUAAGGAAGCAAAAGGCCGACUUCCUGAUAUUUGGAGCCCUGGAAAUCAACACUGUCACAUGUCAGCUGAACUGUUCUGACCAUGGCCACUGUGACUCGUUCACCAAGCGCUGUGUCUGUGACCCUUUUUGGAUGGAGAAUUUCAUCAAGGUGCAGCUGAGGGAUGGAGACAGCAACUGUGAGUGGAGCGUACUGUAUGUUAUCAUCGCAACCUUCGUCAUUGUUGUUGCUUUGGGAAUCCUGUCUUGGACUGUGAUCUGUUGUUGCAAGAGGCAAAAAGGAAAACCCAAGAGGAAAAGCAGGUACAAGAUCCUGGAUGCCACAGAUCAGGAAAGCCUGGAGCUGAAGCCAACGUCCCGAGCAGGUGUCAAACACAAAGGCCCCAUGCUGAGUAGCAGCCUGAUGCACUCUGAGUCGGAGCUGGACAGCGAUGAUGCCAUCUUCACAUGGCCAGACCGGGAGAAGGGCAAACUCCUGCAUGGUCAGAAUGGAUCCGUGCCCAAUGGACAAACCCCGCUGAAGGCCAGGAGCCCACGGGAGGAGAUCUUGUAGCCCUUUGGUCUGUCUCCUUAGGACAGGCCUCAGUGCCAGGGCCCAGAGCACCUCCAGGCUGGUUCCCUACUACCAGGUCUGCGGGCAGCUACUCUCCCAGCAUGUGCUGGUCACUCCAUCCCAACAGCCCCUUCAGAACUGUUGGUACUUGAAUCUACAGACACUCUAGGAACCGCUGAAUGAAGCUGUGAAUGAAGGUUUCUCUUUAAACCUGUCUGGUAGCCCCCCAAAUAUCCUCAGCUCAGGGCCUCCUUUUUGCACACACCUCCCUGCCCGCUGCCUGAGCGCCAGCCCCUAGCCUCUCAGCUGUGUUGUAGCAGUGCUGCUGGGUCCAGAGCACACAUGGCAAGGCCUGCUGUUUCCCCUGCAUCUGGCACAGAACCAAGUGCCACCAGUCUCCUGGCACGAGGGGCCUAGCGGGGGCUGGGGGUGUGUUCUCUGUUUGCCUCUGGGACAGUGCAUACCCUGACUAAGCCAAAAGGAAUCCUUGCCCACUACUGAUGCUGUGGUGGUAAUGCGGAAAUGCCUGGCCCCUUAGCACUAGAGCUGGCUUGUGUACUGGCUGCAUCAGGGAUGUGAGGGGCCUCCUGGCUGCUGGGGACAUGUGUCAGCAGCUGGGCUGGAUGCAGUGGUUUCCCCUUCAUCUGACCAGCACCUGCUGCUUCCAGGCUCAGGCCACUACUUGUGUCUUGAGAGACAGCCACAGAUUAGAAUGCUGUGAAAUCAAGAGUGCACGUGUGACUGUUCCAUUGUGUCCUUCGCCUACCCCUUCAUCCGUCUAUAGUGUCCCUUGCAUGUGUGAAUGUUGAGUGUGUGUGCAUCAGUUCCUCAUAGGGCUCUUGGCUGCUCACAAGGCAGUUCUGAUUUGGAGACUCUCAGCUCCUGGGAUGACAUCUGAAUCCCUCUUACCCUGUCACCAGCUCCUCAGCCACAGUGUCUGUCAGCUGAGGAAUGGGGAGUAACUUUUUUAAGAGGACUUACAAUUUCUACUACUGCACUACUGUCUGUUGUGAGAUGAUUAAACAUGCUAUUUAAUUGUG